CCCUCUUCCGCUGCUGAUCCCGUCGAACUCACAUCGACCUCUCAGCAACCAUUUGCGCAUAACUCGCACUUCUUCCAUACUUCACCUUAUACCAGCCAUGUCAUAAUACGCCCGCACACCACUUUGAGGCGGUCUCCCUGUUCAACACCACCAUCGUCAUUGCGUCACAUCUAUAAACCUUCUUGGGAGAAUUUUCCUUGAGCGAACCAAAGUGAGAGCCGUCGGGUUUUCCGACCUCAAAGCUCCUCAUGUCGCAUAGAAAUCAGAAUUCAGCCAGCGAUGAGCGUUCGCCGCUCAUCAAAUCGGUCAACAUACAGGACAAUGGCCCUCAGCAACGAGCCCGGCUAUUGUCCGACAAUGACUCUGCCGACGACGAGAGCCCUGACCGAGAAGACAGCCUCGCCGAGUCUGUGUUGGAGGACAAAAGCUGGUUUUACAUGAUUCUACUGACCAUCUGCAUCGGUGGACUUCAGAUCGUGUGGUCUGUCGAACUUUCCAAUGGCUCACCUUACUUGUUGUCGCUUGGCAUGAGCAAAGCCCUCCUCGCUGCUGUAUGGCUUGCAGGUCCAUUGACGGGAGCUUUGGUGCAGCCCUAUAUCGGCAUUCGGAGCGAUCGAUGUCGUGUUUCUUGGGGAAGACGGAAGCCAUUCAUGGUUGCAGGCACUCUUGGAGUCAUUGUCACAUCCAUGAUUCUAGCCUAUGCCCGAGACAUUGUACGGGUCAUCGGACGUAAGGAUGUUGAUGCGCCAUAUGGCGGAGGCUACCGGAUUGGCACGAUCGUCUUGGCCACAGUCAUGAUGUGGUGUCUUGACUUCUCUAUUAAUACCGUACAAGCAGCCAUUCGAGCCUUCAUUGUGGAUAAUGCCCCAUCUCAUCAGCAAGAGUCUGCCAAUGCAUGGGCCUCUCGAAUGACGGGCGUCGGCAAUGUGCUUGGAUAUGUUUUCGGCUAUCUCAACCUCCCAAAGUACUUCCACUUCCUCGGCAAUUCUCAAUUCAAGGUUCUGGUCGUCAUUGCGUCCUUCUUUCUCACUAUAACUGUCUUGACCAGUCUUCUGACCAUCAAAGAACGAAACCCCCAGCUUGACCCUCCAUCGAACACCGACUUUGAGAACGGAGGAUUUGUGGCCUUUUUCAAGCAAGUCUUCAACUCGAUCAAGCAUUUACCACCCCAGACACGCAAAGUCUGCGAGAUCCAGUUCUUCCAUUGGAUAGGCUGGUUCCCAUUCCUCUUCUACAUCACCACCUACAUUGGUCAGCUCUACGUUGAUCCACGUCUCCACCCAGGCAUACCUGACAGUGAGGUUGACCAGCUCUGGGCCCAAGCAACUCGAGUAGGGACGUUUGCCCUCCUGAUCUAUGCCAUAACUGCAUUCGCCUCCAACAUCGUUCUUCCGUUCCUUGUGCAGCCAACAUACCAGAACGAACCCGACGAGGACGAGAGCGAUGACGAAGAUGACGCGCCGCGAUGGCAUCAACCGAUCACUCCUACUACUCCUGUUGGCACUCGAACACCAUAUCGAGAGAACGCCUCCUCCGAGAACGGACCUCGCAGACCUGGGCAUCGCAGAGCGUACAGUCAACCGAUCACGCCGAUCUCUCCUGUUGGAGCCACCAGAUAUCAAGAAUACUUCUCUUAUGUACCCGAGUCUAGCAGGCCGCUAGCCAGCAGAUCACAAAGUAACAUAUCCGUCAAAUCAUUCGGACGUCCAGAUGGAGUUGCUGCUGCGAACGAUCCCACUCUGCAAGAGAACCCGACCGGCGUCAAAGCGUGGCUUACCAAUUUCACAAUCUCGAUCCCGGGACUCACAUUACGACGAGCGUGGCUGCUCUCCCAGAUUUUGUUCGCCUUGUGUACCUUUAGUACGUUCUUCAUCAAAACUCCCACCGCUGCCACUAUAAUGACAGCCUUGGUGGGAGUAUCUUGGUCAUUGACACUUUGGGCUCCUUUCGCCUUGAUCUCAGCAGAGAUAUCAAAACGUGACGAGAUUCGUCGCAAGAAGCAAAGACAGCGACGAAGAGAUGGAGAGGACGAUGAUAAGGAAGAUGAAGAGGAUGAUCAAGCAGGUAUCAUUCUUGGCCUUCAUAACGUUGCUAUCAGUGCUCCACAGAUCAUAGCGACCCUGAUCAGCAGUGCUGUGUUCAAGGGGCUGCAGAAGCCACGCAAUGUGCCAGGGGAUACCAGUGUUGGAUGGACACUGAGAAUUGGUGGAGUUGCGACUUUGAUCUCCGCCUUCAUAACUUGGAGGAUGAAAGAGCCUAGUGAGGAGGAAGAACCAGAUCCGUAAGAUGCAUGGUCGGCAAAUGCAUGUCAGACAGAUCCAGCGCGUGCAGGUUGUGCUUUUCUGGGUGCUAUCACGGCAUUGGCUUCGUUGCGCAGGAGUAUCGGUGGGAUAGAAGUCUGAACAAUUAGUACAAGGAGGACAGGAACCUGCGGCUCUACUGGAGGAGUAAGAGACACGAAAAGUGGCAACAUGCAUCGUCCAUUGUGAUAGAGGCGCCGAGGUGUAGCCGUUUCAGGGUCUCGGCCUCUUACCAUGCCUUCAUAUUUUAGGUAGUAAUAUAGCCUGUUAGGCUCAUCUUCGGCGUCUCCA